UGAUCCUCCAUUGCGUCCUCCGGUUAACGCUACCUUACAUUUACGCGGUAUUUAGAUUUUGUCUUGCUUUCAGAAAUGGAUCCUACUCUCUUUCAUGCUUAUUCGAAAAAGCCCGUUGUGCAUUUAUCUUCCUCUUCCUCCUCCUCCUCCUCAUCAUCAUUAGGUGUAGAAUUAAACAAGCAUGAAGUGGAAAUUCUGAAUGGACUUGCAGAUAGAUUAGAUGAUGUAACUAUUGAUGACGAUUCAGAUGAUGCAUUUUUGGAUUCUGAACCUUGUGUGGCUGUGAUAAAGGCGCUUGAGAAAACUAUUCAAGAUUAUAAAGAUAACAAGGUCUUGCCUGAUCUAAUUUUAGAACUUAUUCUGAAGAAUAAGUUAAAUAUUAUGAUACUUGAUUUGUAUAAUUAUAAGAAAGGUUUUGAAAUAUCCUUUUUGAAAUUUGGAUCUGAGGAAGAAAUGUUUCAUGGUGCAUAUUCAUACGGAGUGGGUUUAAUCGAUUACAUCAAAGAUUGUGAAAUACCUUAUGAACUAUUUGAUCAUCUCAGUCAAUAUCAAUUCCAACUCCUCUAUGAUGGAUGUCUUAUAUGUCAGCUCAGAAUACAUUUUGAUCAAGUGGAUAAUAUGCAAUCACAUUUUGUUUUGCUACGGCAUUCUAUUCAGUCUAUUGAUGCAGAAUGUGCUAUGAAUUGUAAGAAUGAUAAAGAUUUGAAUUUUGAUUCUGAAAGAGCAAGACUGAUCCAGAAAUAUUCACCAGAUCUUUACUUGGAUCCCAAUCUUUUUGCAGCAGAGUGUUUUGAGGAUAAUAUAUUGAACGAAUUUCCAUUUCUUUCACCUGAACUCAAACACCAUAUUUAUAAUAAGAAGGCAGAUCUUGAGGAAGGACUUAAAAAGGUGGAAGCAGCAGCAAGCAGAGACGAACUUAAUGGAAGUAAAUGGACGUCUAAAGAAAAAGUAGAUCCAUUUGAAGGAACUAGUAAAGAAACGUAUAAAGGACAAGUAGAUCCUUGUGAAGAAACUAGUAAAGAAACGUAUAAAGGACUAGUAGAUCUUUGUGAAGGAACUAGCCAAGAAGCAUUUGAAGAAACGUCUAAAGAACAAGUAGAUCCAUGUGAAGGAACUAGUGAAGAAACAUGUGAUCGACUGACUGCAUUAAUAAAAAAAUUUGAAGCAUGCGAGUGGAAUGAAUUAAGGGCACCUUCAUCAAACAUAGCAUCUUAUUUAAUAGAGAGAAAAGUGUGUAUUCCUGAUUUGGAACAUUUUCGUUUUUCAGAUAAUGUUGAAAUAGAGAGUUUUGUGUUUGAAUAUACUCCAGUGUCUAACACUGGAACGCUUGAAACCAUCCGUGAAAGACUUUCCGUUUCUGUAAUGAAUACUGAGGAAUAUUAUUAUGUUGCUUAUCAACCUGAUAAUACUGAGGAAUUGCGUUGGUCGCCUAUUGGGAGACGUAACUUAUUGGACUUAUUUAUAGAUGAUGUUGCAAGAGAAAACAUGAUGUUAAAUAAAGGAGAAUUGAAAAUUGUUCAUAUUGGUUUAUUUGAUGACCAUUAUCAUGGAACUAUUGAGUAUUAUACCGAAAAAUUAGAUUUUCCUUCAGUUCAAUUAAUUCUUCACUGGCCUGCUUUUCGGAUGCAUCAGGAAGAAUAUGUGGUUCAGAGAGUUAAAUAUGUGGAAGAGGAAGAGGAUUUGUAUGGUUCUGAUGAUUCUGUUUUUGAAAGAAACUAGAAAAUUUUGAUUUUGUAAAAAUUUUGCAAUUUUAAUUGUAUUUUUACUUUUUUAAAUAAACUUCUUG